UUUCAUAAACAAAAUCAUAUUGAAAUUGAUUUCAUGAAUAAUUACAAAAAGAAAAAGUGUUUGUGAACUCUCAAAUUAAUACAUUUCAUUACUUAGAUUCUUAUUUAUAUGAAAAUAUAGUAGCAAAUAUAUUUUGUAUUUAUGAAAAUAUAAAUGCAGAACACUCAGUGCGCGAAGAAAUGGAUGUAGUUAUGUGAACAGUCGUUUUCUUAACAGCAGUGCUAUUAACCAUUAGAAUAGGGAGUAUAAACCGCGCAUUUAAUUUGCGUGUCGCAUAAACUUAAUAUGAAAAGCUUGAUGAAAUGGAUACCUUCGACAAGGGUUUUAGGACUUUGUCGGAAAACGAACAACGUCUGUUUUUCUUGGUUGCUGUAUUUAGCAAUCACUGCUUUCUUAGGUUUCUUGAUACAAAUGCAGCUGAAGUUUGCUAUGAAGCUGAUUGCAGAUGGGAACAAACACGUGUUUCAUUUUGAUCAAAACCAAGACGACUCCACUCGUAACGUCAUUAUCUCUGGUUAUGCCAAAGGAGGUGGCAAUGUGGUUGGAGAGGUGCUUGGUUCGAGACCAGAGACGUUUUAUGCGUACGAACCGUUGAUUACCAUGGCAGAGUCGUAUUACUUUAAAAAUUCUUCUACAAUGUGCACCACUUUCCUGGAUACCUGUUUUAAAUCAACUUUAACAGAUACGGCUCUGGACACGUUAAGAAACGUGCUGGCAUGUAGUAACAUAAAUAUUGGGGAGGAAUAUCACCAAAAAUGGGAUACCGGAGGAGAAGUUUGGCUCAAAUAUCACGAGUGUUUGUUGGAUAAAGAAUACAGUAAGGAGUUCUGUGAUAAAUACUUGAGCCACCAGUGCAAACGAGCCACGGUCAAGGUCAUCAAAUCAGAGCGAAUGUCUACAGAGCUUUUAGGAACACUUUUAAGAGAACACUCUAAUGUUUCGGUUGUCCAUAUGUUUCGGGAUCCAAGAGGAAUACUUUUUGUAAAUAGAAAGUCACCCGCUUUGUCAAGUCUAUCGUCAGCCUCUGGUCUGAAGAAAUAUGCUAGCAGCCUGUGUUCCAGAAUGAGAGAUGACCUUAAAGCAGGACUCGAACUAGCCACGUUGUAUCCAAAGCGUUUUAAACUAAUGCUGUUUGAAGAUUUUCGGCUGGACAUGGUUACGGUUCUGAGACCUUUAUUCCGAUUUCUUGGGCUUCCAUUGGCAACAAACGACAAAAAUCUCGUUGAGAUUGUCGAACUUAAGAAGGCAUUAGCAAAAUAUAACAGAGAAGCUGGACACAAUGCAGCAGUAGACAUUGAGCAAUUGCGGUUAGAUACUGAAGACUCAAAAUUAACAAAAGUUCACCCAUUCAGUUGGAGGAAGGAAAUUGAUAUGAAAAUGUUAAAAAUAAUUGACGAAUUUUGUGGAGAUUUGUAUGUUAAGUUGGGAUAUAAUACUUAUGAAAAUGUAAAGAAGCUAAGGGAUUUAACAAAUUGGCCUAGUUAUGGGGGCGGUGGUAUUUAUCCUUUGUAACAGCUAUUAAUAUGAUAGUACAUGCUAAAGACACAAAAUGUGGUCUGCAACCUAUAAAGAGAGUGCACGAAAUAGUCUCUAUUGUUUAGCUGUUGAUGUAAUAGUAUGUAUCUUUGACAUACUUUGUAUAUGGCAUUAGGAAUAAACAUCUUUUAUACCGUUU